CCUCAUAAGGUUGGACCUUUGCCAAUUCGGUGCUGACCAAAGAUUCGUCUUGAAGUGGAUCAAUGCAGCGGCAGGUAUCGAAUGAACACGUGCUGCUUUAAGACAAAUCCAUCAUCCCUUCUAAAAACUACCCAGAAUCAUCGGUUGAUCAAAACUCAGUGGGGUUUUCCUUGAUCUUUGAGCCAUUUAUCGCAGGGUGUGUAGUGGGUUGUUAAUGUUAAUCAGACAUGGCAUGAGUCAGCUAAUGUCAUUAAACAGCAGAAGCACUUGCCCAUUAACUUCCUUAGCUGUUUGGAGAAGACAGCAAUUCUUGAUAAGGUGUAUUGGAGUUGGAGGUUACAGUAGCUAUAGCAUUGAGAACAUAAUGCAAGAAACUCAUUCUUUGAGUGGAACUAAUAAUGUGGAGGCUGAUGCCGAGGACAUUUUGAGAGCAAUUACUCCAGUUCUUGACCAAACUAAACAUAAAGGCCAGGCAGGGAAAAUUGCUGUAAUUGGUGGGUGCAGAGAGUACACUGGUGCUCCUUAUUUUGCUGCUAUUUCAGCUUUAAAAAUUGGUGCAGAUUUGUCCCAUGUAUUCUGUACCAAAGAUGCUGCUCCGGUUAUCAAAAGCUACAGCCCUGAGUUGAUUGUUCAUCCUAUUCUGGAAGAGUCUUAUAGCAUUGGGGAUGGGGACAUGAAGUACAUAUCAGGAAAGGUUGUUGCCGAGGUUGAUAAAUGGAUGCAGAGAUUUGAUUGUCUUGUUGUUGGCCCUGGCCUUGGGAGGGACCCAUUUCUUCUGGACUGUGUGAGUAAGAUUAUCAAGCAGGCAAGGCGGUCAAAUGUUCCAAUUGUUGUGGAUGGGGACGGACUCUUUCUUGUAACAAACAGUCUUGAUCUUGUUAGUGGUUAUCCAUUAGCUGUCCUAACACCAAAUAUAAACGAAUACAAGCGCCUGAUUCAAAAAGUUAUGAAUUGUGAAGUAAAUGAUCAAGAGGCUCACGGCCAAUUACUUUCUCUUGCCAAAAGGAUUGGUGGUGUAACCAUCUUAAGGAAAGGAAAAUCUGACCUUAUCAGCGAUGGUGAGACAGUCAAAUCCGUGGGCGUCUUUGGUUCACCUAGGCGAUGUGGCGGCCAGGGAGAUAUCCUUUCUGGAAGUGUUGCCGUAUUUUUAUCUUGGGCACGCCAACAUGUUUUAGCUGCUGAAGGGAAUUUGAGCAUGAGCCCAACAAAUCCGACAGUGUUAGGGUGCAUUGCUGGGUCUGCUUUAUUGAGGAAAGCUGCAUCACUUGCUUUUGAGAAUAGGAAAAGAUCGACUCUCACUGGUGACAUUAUCGACUGCUUGGGAAGCAGUUUGGAGGACAUUUGUCCAGCCUGUUGAUAUUGGCAAGGAUUCUACAUGGAUGGAAUCGCCCGACCUUUUCCAAAUUAGAUCUUCCAGGAGCCUGUGGUUGGCGCGUCUAUCGGUCUAAUAUUGGAUGGGCUGUAAUAGUAUCUACUCUUAGCUUAUGUCUCCUUUAUAUACUGAAAUUAGUCAAUAUUUGGUAAUAUAAUAAAUCAUAUGCAAUAUAGGACUUAUUAUAUGUCAAAUAUUUGGUACCCAGAUUUUUAUACAUAAAAGAGAAUGAAGAAUUGGCAGCGCCUCUAAUUUGUUCU